UGGAGGAAGAGGGUUGCCCGAAGACGACGGGUUGUGGCCUCCAGAGACAAGGCGAAUACCCUCAGGACAAAAAAGCAAAUGGCUCGCUAGCGCACGCUAUGGUUCAGCCUGCACCAGGAUGGGAGGACGUAGAACCUUCCGCCGAGGGUCAUGAUGGCGGGAGUAGUAAUAGAACAGCAGUGGGCAAUCUGUGGAGACACCCUCUUGGUGCUCUCAACCACUGCAGCAGCGACGCUAAGAUGACGCCUGCUGUACCCACUACUGUAGUCGAUGCUCGGGAUAGUGACCUUGGCCAUGUGGAGUGCGCGCCCACUAGCAGCUCCGCUUCGCUGGGAGGGCGUCCUCAGGACACGGAAACACGGGAACCACACGGUGAAGGUUUACAUUUGGAGGCGGAGAAAGUGGGUGAAGGCACCUCCAAAGGCUUGUCCGUCUGGCGGGGGCAACAGCAGCAGCGGCAGCAAGACGAGAGGGAGGAUGUGAGACAGGACCUGCAAGACGAGAGGGAGGGCGUUGUGGUUGUUGGAGAAAUCGAACAACGGCAACGGCAGCAAGAGGACAAGGCCGGGGCCACGGAGUUCGAUGUCGGGCCAUUCGAAGGACGACACAACUUCAGCAUCCGCCACCACAUCGACAACGGCAGCAGCACUAGUGGAGGGGAAAGACGGGGGGGGGGCGACAGCAGCAGGGUCAGGGGUUUUCAUGACAUGAUUUGCAUCGGGUUCGCUGUGUCCUUGAUCCUUAAUCUUGGCAGUUUCACGGCGCGAAAGGAAGGCUAUUUCGCCGCAGAGGUUAAGUGUUUGCCCCAGGGAGCAUCGCAGACAGUUCUGCCAGACCUCGGGGUAUGGGUCGGGUGGAGACAGGCGGUAGCCAACUCAGAAGAGGCGGUCACGUUCAACCUAGAGGAAAUGAGCAUGGUGGGGGCCGUGAUGGGAAUUUUGACGGUGGUGGGGAAUGCGACGGACGGCCUGCUCAACGCCGUGGGUCUUGCGGUGCUCCUCUACGGGCGGCGAAAGCCCCUGCAGGAAGCCCAGUGUCGCAUGGUGAAGCGGUUGUGCCUAGCGUCGCUGGCCAUGGCAGGGUGGCUGAUGGGCAUGACGGUCAUCGGCUUCUUGAUAGCGGUAAAGGGACCCAUCGGAGCUGCGGCCGUAGCCUUCUAUUCGGAGGAGUUCGACCUCGACUGCGGGAACUCGGUGUCGGUUAGCGUCGACUACGCGUAUGCGAUGGCGACCCUGACGGUCCUGUGCCAGUUCUUCAUCGGGAUCGUGGCGCUGCCGAAACCGUCUCGCAGCUCCCCCCAAAACCGCCGCCGCCGCCGCUUCUGCUGUCGGUGGAACCCGGCGGGGGUUCUGCUAGCACAUCUAGGGCUCGGGGGCUCUUCGGCAGCCUUCGACGAAAACGAACUGCCUUCUUUCGCUGGUGAAGCGGGGCAACCGGCGGCAGCGGAAGGGCCAGUCAAGGCUAAGGGGUCUCGACGAGGGUCUCGGCUGAUGGCCGAAGGUAUAGUAGAGGGGGGGGUCGGGGUCGGGAGAGAACGGAGUUUCGACCCUGUGUGAAUACGAUGGGGAGGGNNNNGGGGGGGGGGGGGGGGGGGGGGGGGGGGGGGGGGGGGGGGGGGGGGGGGGGGUAGCGGGAGUGUCGUGUGGUGUUUUGUGCUUCGUCUACGGAUGAUAGAGAGUGCGUUGUAAGUGCUGUGUGCGUCUCUUUUUUUUUUUCGUUGAAGUGAAGUACAAAUCACCCACAUUGAGAUUUGUACCAGCAUAGUUGUAAGGCUUUAGUAAUCAAUUUCUCUUUUUGUCCAUCCCUGCUUGUCCACCUCACCGUGUUUACCGUAUGUUCGGGGUCCUUUGGGAGCAAGGGUUAUGUUUCUUGCUUUUUCAUGUUCCUCGGAUGUCUCAUGCUCCCUAUUCUCCCAGGGAUGCACAUUUGUCCGCAAAGUGUUGGGAACCCCCAACCGAUGUAGUCGAUAGUUCUUAUCUUACAUGGAAAGACGUCGAAUGGCCGGUCCCCCACCCUCUAGCCUACCCGCUACGUUGCCCUCGGCAAUAAUUGAGGCGAAGGUCGAUGUGUGUGUGUGAGCGACCCAAGCAAAGUGUGUGCGCCCUUCCUUAUUAUGUCGACCUGGUGACGUCAAAGUUGUUGUGCGCCUGGUGAAGGUGAUAUGUUGUUGUCUCUGCGAGGCAGUAGCUUCCGCAGGGUUUUUCGAUUUUGUGAACAUGUUGGAUAAAGCAUGCAAUCCAAGAAGUUGGGUCUGGGUUAGGGUUAGGGAAUAGGGUCUGCGUCCCCCCUUUCCUGUUCUACCUCCUCAUUAACUUGUUAGCCUCGCGAAGGCGGCACCCGCGAGUCGGGCGCGAUGCUGUUGUCUGGUUUCUUUGGGAGGGUAUUUGCAUGAUGAGGUAGGAUUAUUUCGUAUUUUUGCGAUCGGCACGUGUUUCCUUGGAGUGUGGCCUGCAGCAUCAUCAGAACAGUACGUUUCAAUUUUUUGCUGUUUUUGUGCUGUUUUUUCCUUUGUUGCCUCCCUUCGCGUGGACCUGCAGCCUACUGUUCCAACGGCAGUCUACUUUCCGACGGCAAUGGUGUUUCCCACAUUUCGAAAGGCGGUGUGAUAGAUCUCGAGCGCCUGCAUCUAGUCGGUUGUCCUGCCAUGAUGAUCGUACAGUCGUCCUGCGGCCUGCCAGAGUGUAUGAAAGAGAGAGUGCAAGAUCAUGCGCCGCACCUCGCUAGACUAUUAUGCUGUCUACUGCCUAAGCCGUCGAAUCCCCCCAAACGGGACUCUAGUCUAGGCAGAUGAGCCCUGGUGAUUGAUCUUGUCUUCGUUUUAUUGAACAACAUCCUGUACAGUAUGGUCUACGGUCUCAACCAUGUCCGGCGUAACUUGUCAGUCGAGCUCUUCAUGACCAGGACUACACAGUUGCGAAAGAUAUUUGUUUCUGGUCCACCGGUCCGCCGACAGGGGGGGCGCGGAGGA